AUGGGGGAAGAAAAGGAUAUAAGACUAGGAGAUGGGGAGCAUAGACAUGCUACAGAUGUGGAAAAAGCUGGCAACGAUGGUGGUGACAUGAUGGGAGGAACACCGUCCACGAAACCCGACCUACCUCCUCUAAAAGGUCUAUCAUUCCUCGACCGCUUUCUGGUAGUAUGGAUCAUUCUCGCCAUGGCCAUUGGCAUCGCCUUGGGAAACACCGUCGAUUCCGUGGGUCCCGCGUUACAAAGAGGAGAAUUCGUCGGCGUCAGUAUACCAAUCGCAAUCGGCCUUCUAGUCAUGAUGUACCCUAUUCUCUGCAAAGUCCGCUACGAAACUCUGCACCUUCUCCUCAAGAAACGCGAACUCUGGAUCCAGAUUGCAGUCUCGUUUGUGCUCAACUGGAUCAUCGCACCUCUCUUCAUGGUAGCACUCGCUUGGGCUUUCCUGCCCGACCGGCAAGACCUCCGCGAAGGACUCAUCUUCGUGGGCAUUGCACGUUGCAUUGCCAUGGUCCUCAUCUGGACUGAUCUGGCGGGCGGCGACGGCGAUUACUGCGCCGUCUUGGUGGCAUUCAACAGCAUAGUGCAGAUUGUCCUGUUUGCACCGUUUGCCGUGUUUUAUAUCCAGGUUGUCAGUCAUGGGGAUAAGACGGAUAUAAGUUAUGAAAAGGUCGCGCAGAGCGUGGGUGUGUUCUUGGGCAUCCCGUUGGGUGCUGCGGUACUCACGAGAUUGGUAUUGCGGUCCCUGUUGGGAGAGGAACGGUACCAGCGCCGCUUUAUCCGCUAUAUCGCACCGCUUUCACUCAUCGGGCUGUUGUAUACAAUCAUUGUUCUUUUUGCUAGCCAGGGCGCGCAUGUAGUUCGGCAGAUUACGGAUGUGCUAAGGGUUUGCGCGCCGUUGUUGGUUUACUUCAUCGUCAUCUUUACGAGUACAGUUUGGUUUUGCUGGAAGAUGGGAUUUAGCUACAAAGUCAGUUGCACGCAGAGCUUCACAGCUGCGAGCAAUAACUUCGAGCUGGCUAUUGCGGUAGUGGUUGCUGUGUACGGGGCGGGUAGUGGGCAGGCGCUGGCGAGUACAGUGGGUCCAUUGAUUGAGGUCCCUGUACUGGUGCUUCUUGUAUAUGUUCUCAAGUGGAUACGGAAGAGAUGGCAAUGGGUCUAG